GCUGUCAUUUAGAUGUUGAUAUGUAAAGCAAAAUGGCAAAAAUCAACACCCAACGCUCCUACCCUGGUAUGCACGGAAUAUCUGUCAGACCUACUGAUGAAGAUCUUGAAAGGAUUGAAAAUGGCUGUAUCAGAACCCAUCCACUGUGUGAGGAUGCAUCUUCAGAACUCCAGAGAGUCAUUUCUGUGGACGGAAGAAACAUAUCUGAAUCUCAGAUGAGCUCAUUCACAGGCAGGGGAGCAAUGGCAAGGCUCUCACGGUUUGUCGUGUCCACAAGGUCGUGGGCCACGAGACACUUGCACCAUGAAGACCAAAGACCUGAUUCUUUCCUGGAACGUAUCCAAGGGCCAGAGCUUGUAGAGGUGUCCAGCAGGCAAGCGAACAUCCGCUCCUUUCUGGGCGUGCGGGACCGGCCUGGGGGCGCAAGCAGUCAUUGGCCCCUGGCCAAGUUUAAUGUCAACUUUAGCAACAACACCAAUGAAGAAAAAAAGGAAGAAAAGAAAGAGGUUAAAGAGGAAAAGAAGGAGGAAAAGAAAGAGGAAAAGAAAGAUGACAAAAAAGAUGACAAAAAAGAUGAUAAAAAAAAAGAAGAGCAAAAAAAAGAGGUCUUUGUGGUAGAUCCUUCAAGCAACAUGUAUUACAACUGGCUGACCAUAAUUGCAGCACCUGUGUUCUAUAACUGGUGUAUGCUGGUGUGCAGAGCCUGCUUUGAUGAGCUACAAAUUGACCAUAUUAAAUUAUGGCUCUUCUUGGAUUAUAUCUCUGAUAUCAUCUAUAUUUUUGACAUGAUGGUCAGAUUCAGAACAGGUUUCCUGGAACAAGGCUUGCUAGUUAAGGAUGAAAAGAAAUUACGAGAUAACUAUGUCAAAACUUCGCAGUUCAAACUGGACGUGAUGUCCCUUGUGCCGACGGACCUGGCGUAUUUGAAGUUUGGGCUGAACUACCCCGAGCUGCGGUUUAACCGCUUGCUGCGCAUCGGCCGGCUCUUCGAGUUCUUUGACAGGACUGAGACCAGGACAAAUUAUCCCAACAUGUUCCGGAUUGGAAAUCUUGUCUUGUACAUUCUUAUCAUCAUUCACUGGAACGCGUGUAUAUACUUUGCCAUUUCAAAGGUGAUUGGAUUUGGAACUGACACGUGGGUCUACCCUAAUGUGAGCGUUCCGGAAUAUGCGCGCCUGUCUAGGAAGUACAUUUACAGUCUGUACUGGUCAACGCUGACGCUGACAACCAUUGGAGAAACACCUCCCCCAGUGAAAGAUGAAGAGUAUCUGUUUGUGGUCAUUGACUUCCUGGUGGGUGUGCUGAUCUUCGCUACCAUUGUCGGUAACGUGGGCUCCAUGAUUUCCAACAUGAAUGCCUCCAGGGCAGAAUUCCAGGCCAAGGUGGAUUCCAUUAAACAGUACAUGCAUUUCCGAAAAGUGACUAAGGACUUGGAAGCCAGAGUUAUUAAGUGGUUUGAUUACCUCUGGACCAACAAGAAGACAGUGGAUGAGAAGGAAGUGCUCAAAAAUCUGCCUGACAAGUUGAAGGCUGAAAUCGCCAUCAAUGUCCAUUUGGACACCCUGAAGAAAGUGCGUAUAUUCCAGGAUUGUGAAGCUGGGCUUCUCAUUGAGCUGGUGCUGAAACUGAAACCUACGGUCUUCAGCCCUGGGGACUACAUUUGCAAAAAGGGAGAUAUUGGGAGAGAAAUGUACAUUAUUAAAGAGGGGAAACUGGCCGUGGUGGCGGAUGAUGGCAUCACCCAAUUUGUAGUCCUGAGCGACGGCAGCUACUUCGGUGAAAUCAGCAUCCUGAACAUCAAAGGUAGCAAGUCUGGCAACAGGAGGACAGCCAAUAUAAGGAGCAUUGGUUAUUCUGAUUUGUUCUGCUUGUCUAAAGAUGAUUUAAUGGAAGCCCUCACAGAAUAUCCAGAAGCCAAAAAAGCUCUGGAAGAGAAGGGGCGACAAAUUCUCAUGAAAGACAAUUUAAUAGAUGAGGAAGCAGCAAAAGCAGGAGCUGACCCAAAAGACUUGGAAGAAAAAAUAGGAAAACUUGAAACAGCUCUGGAUACACUGCAGACCAGGUUUGCGAGGCUCUUGGCAGAAUUCAGCUCAUCUCAACAGAAGGUGAAGCAGAGACUUGUCAAAGUAGAAACCAGAGUGAAAAAAUAUGGUAGUGGCACCUUAUCAGUUGGAGAAGGAGAGGCUGAAAAACCUGAGGAGAAAAAGCAGUAAUGGAGUGUUUGUAUUUCCCCAUUUACUGGAGAAAGUUGAGGCAUCUGAAAGACAUAAAUGUAUGUAAAUAUGCGUGUGCAUACAUAGACAUGAUUAUUUUUCUAUGAACUCAAGAGAAUGGUUUUUAGCAUUUUUAACUGAAGCAGUAUUUUCUUGUAAACAGAACAUUGUCACCUUCUUAGGGGGAGAAUAUAGCCUGGCAUCUGGGUACUUUUUUGUACUGGGAGUGGGUUUCUUACAAGUCAUGCUCAGAACAUGUUAUGUAUGGUACCUGUAGGUCUCGAUACAUUGUCUUAGCCCACAGAUGUUGCAUUAACGCAUUGAAGUAGAGGAGGAUGUUUGGGUUUUUUU